AUGCCCGCAGAUGUCAAUGAUGUUGAUAUUACCCAAGACGGGAUCUCGCAGCCAUCUAGCUCGCCCACGCAGAUGUCCGUGAUGAUGUUCAAAGUCCGGCUUUUCCGGAUCUCCACACAGAUCUGUCACCACAUAUCUGGUCCCUCACGACUUGAGGCAGAGCCACUGAGGGGGUUUGAUGCAAUGAUUGCCGAGGAACAACAGAGAUGGGACUCGACGUAUUUGGUGGACGGUGCCCCAAACAUAUUAGAUUCCAGUUACGCCUAUUGGUGCAUUCUACAAACCUAUGCACAUCAACUUUACCUUCUUCUACAUCGCCCUUUUCGCCAUUCUCAGUCAUCAUGCUUUCUUGCAACAUCCCGAGACAGGUGCAUAGCUUCCAGUGUCGCGUUACUCGGCCUCCAUCGUCAGAUCUACGAAGUUCCACUGCUUCGACCCUAUCUCUGGUUGCUUAGAGGUGUUACAAGCUUGAAGGCGCUUCAUGCUGCUGUGGCACUCAACUCGUGCCUUCUGGAUAUGCCAUCAUCUUUUGAGUCGGGCUCGUACCGGGAGGAGUUAAACAAACUCGUGCUUCGAAUGGAGAGCCUUUCUCGUCGGAGUGCAAUAUGUUUGAAAGCGCAUCGCAUACUUCUUCAAUUACAAGCUCAAUUCGAAGCAGCAAACCAGCAACCGGCGGAUUCUGGACCUCGGUUAGAGAGCAGAAUUGAAGACUGGACCGAUAUGCGGGAAUGGUUUGGGGCGGGUCUUUUCAACUGGAACUUGGAUAGCGUUGGCAACCUUCCCGCAGUUUGA